GUGCACCCCCUCACCCCCUGCCCCCCCCCGCGCAGGCCAAGUACAAGGCGCGGGAGGCGGCGAUGAAGGCGCAGUCGGAGAAGAAGCACGGCUCGGACAAAGAGGAGCGCGGCAAGCUGCCCGAGUCCCCCAAGACAGCCGAGGAGAUCUGGCAGCAGAGCGUCAUCGGGGACUACCUGGCUCGUUUCAAGAACGACCGGGGGAAGGCGCUGAAGGCGAUGGAGGCCACCUGGAACAACAUGGAGAAGAAGGAGAAGCUGAUGUGGAUCAAGAAGGCGGCGGAGGACCAGAAGCGAUACGAGAGGGAGCUGAGCGAGAUGCGCGCCCCCCCGUGCUCCACCAACUCCGCCAAGAAAAUGAAGUUCCAGGGAGAGCCCAAGAAGCCCCCCAUGUGAGUACUUGGGGGGGGGGACGGGGGACACAGGGUCCCCAAAAGACCCUGAACAUCCCCGGGGAUGG